AUGGGCCUUAUCGAGACGGUCCUCGACCACCUGACGGUCAAGUCCGUGGCCUUGCUGGUCGUUGGCUUCCUCGUCGUGAAAUUUCUAGUGAACCGCCUCAUCGAGCAUGUUCGUCUCAGGCGCCUGCCAGGCGGUCGUGCGCGAAAAGUGCCCUCAUGGGCCCCGUUUGGCCUCGAUCUCGUCAAGGGAGCGGUGGAGUCCACGCUGGCCCAGAACAACCUCGACUACUGGCGCAACGUGUACUUCAAGGACGGCACGCGGUGGACCGGCGAGGUGCGCGUUCUCAACCAGCGCAUUGUCAUGACCGCCGACCCAGAGAACAUCAAGGCCAUCCUCGCCCUGCAGUUCUCGGACUUCGGCAAGGGGGAGCCCUUCCACGACGAGUGGAAGGACUUUCUCGGCGACAGCAUCUUCACCACGGAUGGCCCCCAGUGGCACGCCAGCCGCCAGCUCAUCCGCCCCCAGUUCACAAAGGAUCGCGUGAGCGACCUCGAGUGCUUCGAGUCGCACAUGCAGACCUUGUUCCGGGCCAUGGACAACCUGGGUCCCCUGGACGGCGAGCACCAAAAGGUGACGCCGGGCAACGCCCAUGGCAAGGUGCAGGACAUUAGCGAGCUCUUCUUCCGGUACACACUCGAUGUGACGACAGAGUUCCUGCUGGGAAAGGACACCAAGUCCCUGUGCUCCAUCCGCAACGACUUUGCCGACUCGUUCAACGAGGUGCAGCGGAUGCAGAACAUUAUCGUGCGCGCCUCCAAGGCCCGCCGCUGGAUCCCCAAGUCGUCCUUCUGGAACGGACUCGACCUGUGCAACAAGUUUAUCAACUUUUACAUUGACCGCGUGCUCAAGCUGAGCCCGGCCGAGCUCGAGUCGCACAACAAGGGCGAGCGCGGGUACACCUUUGUCCACGCCCUCGCCGGCUUCACGCGCGACCCCAAGGUGCUCCGCGACCAGAUCAUCGCCGUCCUCCUCGCGGGCCGCGACACCACGGCCUCGACCCUCUCGUGGACACUUUACGAGCUCAGCCGCACCCCCCAUGCCGUCGCCAAGCUGCGCCAGGAGAUCCUGUCCACCGUGGGCCGCGACCGAACCCCAACGUACGAGCACCUCAAAAACAUGCCCUACCUCAAGGCUAUCCUCAACGAGAUCCUUCGUCUGUACCCAUCCGUCCCCUUCAACGUCCGUCUCGCACUCAAGGACUGCACGCUCCCGACCGGCGGCGGGCCCGAUGGUACCGACCCCAUCGCCGUCCUCAAGAACACCCCCAUCGGCUACUCCACGCUCGUCAUGCAGCGUCGCGCGGAGCUCUACCCGCCCGUCUCGGACAAGUUUGCCGACCCAGAGGUCUUCAGCCCCGAGCGGUGGUCCGUCUGGCACCCCAAGCCCCACGACUACAUCCCAUUCAACGCGGGCCCGCGCAUCUGCAUCGGCCAGCAGUUUGCCCUGACGGAGAUGAGCUACGUCCUGGUGCGCAUGUUCCAAAAGUAUGACAGGGUCGAGAGCCACAUGGGUCCCGUUGACGGCGGCAAGCCCAUGCUCAAGGCCGACAUUGUCCUCUCGCCCGGUCAGGGUGUCAAGGUCGCCUUCUUCGAGGCGCAGGAUUGA